AUGUCAGCAAGGCAAAACAAGAAACAGCGCAAAGGUCGCGGCAAUCUCAACCGCGAGCGCACCGUAACUACCCUCACAGAAGCUCCAGACACGCCUUACCUCGUUCCCACUCCCAGCGAAGAGCCGGCCAUGUCCUCUCCGUUCUCAGUGGCCUCGUCGUCCGCUGGCAACCAGCAGCAGCAACAACAACCCACGACGCCAUUCCAGGCAAACUUCCAGUUUGGCUUUAACGGAUUCAUGCACCCGCAGCAGCAGCAGCAGCAAAACUAUUACCCACAGCCCAUGCUUCCGUUGGGCGAGACCGACCUUGAGAUCCUGGAGAAUCUGAAAGAGAUGAUCAAGAAUAACCAGCACGAGUGUUAUCGAGCUAUCCCUCAACCAGCUGCUCUGGCUAGUAUCUAUCUGGGCCCUAUCAACACUGAGGUUUCCUCCUCCGAGAUCACGCAGGACGUCAAUGGUGGUCCACCCUCCCCAGCCCGCCCGCCACGUAUGCAGAACAAGGAAGGGACUAAAAAGUCGAUUGGUAUCACUCAUAACAACAAUGUGCAUUCUUUGGCUCGUUCUUUCAUCCUUUUUACGCUUGCUGACCUGUAUGUAUUACAGAGCUCAGGAUUAAGCAAGAUCAACACAAACCUGCAAGACCCCAAAAUGGCUAUGGACGUUGAUACAAAUCCCAAACCUUCUGCAGACGAUUGGCGCCCUUCACCGAGAUAUGCUCCUCCUCCUCCCCAUCCAGAGGGCGACUCUACAACUACUCCUUCAAGACCGGUAUCUGGCUCUGGCGACCUGACUCCUGCUACUAAAGCUACCUAUGAAAAUGAUGCUCGCAGAGGGGGGUGGCAACAACGUGAUCCAGGACAUCAUCCACCUCCAGACUUGGAUCGAAGGCCUAGCCUGCAACAACAAAACGGGACAUCUGAUCGUGAUCAUCGUGGUCCUCCUCCUCUUGAUCGGUACCCACCACCACUAGAUCGUGAUGACCGCGAUAGACGGGGUAGAGAGUGGCAUCCCUAUGAUAAGGCUCGAGACCUGUAUGCAGAUAAACCUCGGGACCCGUAUGCAGAUAAACCUCGGGAUCCUUAUGCAGACAAACCUCGCGACCCAUAUGCAGACAAACCUCGGGACUCUUACACAGACAAACCUCGGGACUCUUACCCAGACAAACCUCGAGACUCCUACCCAGACAAACCCAGGGACCCUUCCUACGCAGACAAACCUCGCGAUUCCUUCCCAGACAAACCCCGGGACUCUUAUCUAGACCGCCGUCCUCCCCCUGCACCACCCUUCAUCCGAAGACCCCCACCCGAACAGAGACACUACGAGCCCGACUACGAAACCAGGGACAGGGACAGGGACAGGGGGGGACCACGUCGAUUUGAAGUCAAGCACGAGCACGAAGAGGCGCAGGUUUCGAUGAUUUUGAGUAGUGCUGCUAGGAGACAGAGUCAAAGUGAUGUUGCUGCUGCUCGUCCUCCUCCCUUGGACGACCGUGAGCGUGGGGCGAGACCCAUUCCUGUAGAUGAGCGUGAUCGAGAUCGACGUCCUCUUGGUGCUGGAGCUCCACAGCUUGUAGACUCUCGAGCCCCUCCUCCUCCUCCGAUUGAGAGUAGUACAAGCAGUGGUACUUCCCGUCCUGUUCGGGGCCCACCUGAUGAUCGUAGUAGACCAGCGUCUUCCGUGACUGGGGCUGGGGUAGUGGACGAGCGGGGUCCCAGGCCACCUUCUACUCCUGCUAUUACUACCAGGGCUGGAGAAGCCCCUCCUGGUGCUGCUGGCGGUGCGAAACCCCCUGGUGAAGGAGUAAAUGUAAACGUAAACGGAAGAUCCAUUACUAACACCACAACAACCACAAAAGCUACUGCUCCUGCGCCUGCUGGUCCCCCCGCUGGUGCUGCUGCUACUGUGGAUGGUCAGGGUCAGAGUCAAGCUCCAAGAGCCGCUCUUCCUCCUCAACAUGUUGCUAGCUCAAGAUCUCAAGGCCAAAUCCCACUGGAAGACCGUCUGAGCUCUCGUCCUCCUUCAUUUUCAUUGCAAGAUCGACUGAGCCACCCUCCCCCUCCGCCUGUGGUAGGGAGAGCGAGGCAGCCGAGUGCGAGUGGGGAAGCUAGAGUACCGACGCUUGAGGAACGGUUGACUCAUCCUCAUCCUGGUGAUCGCUCUUCGAUUACGACUACGACUACUACUUCUAAUGUUGCUAGUUUGAGACCAGCUGCUGUGGAGGAACGGAGGCCUGUGGUGGUGGAGGACCGAAGGAACGUUCCUGGGCCUGGGGAUGAACGUAGGCCGGCUUUGGAGGACCGAAGGGUUCCUGGGGAUCAGCGGAGACCGGAUGAACGUAGGCCCCCCCCUGUGGAUGAGCGUAGACCGGCUUUGGACGACCGGCGACCAGAUGAACGUAGGCCUUUAGUGGAUGAACGUAGGCCUCCCUUGGACGAACGUAGGCCUGCUGCGGACGAACGUAGGCCUGCUAUGGACGAACGUAGGCCUGUUGUGGACGAGCGUAGGCCUGUUGUGGACGAGCGUAGGCCUGUUGUGGAUGACCGUAGGCCCCCCUUGGACGACCAUCGACCACCCCUGGAUAGACCGCCUUUGGACGAUCGUCGACCGCCUUUGGAUGGUCGAAGGCCUCUGGAUGAUCGCAGGCCUCCACCACCUUUGGAUGAUCGUAGGCCUCCUCCACCUUUGGAUGAUCGCAGGCCCCCUCCGUUAGAUGAUCGAAGGCCACCUUUGGAAGAUCGAAGACCUCCUCUAGAUGAUCGCAGGCCCCCUCCUUUGGAUGAUCGAAGGCCACCCUCGGAUGACCGUAGACCUCCUCCUCCUGAUGAACGUAGGCCUCCUCCUAUGGACGAGCGCAGACCCCCUCCUCUUGACGAACGUCUAGGUCUAGCAGGCGGCCGUGAUCGUGAUCGACCCCCACCAGAUGACCGCACUCGCAACGACCUUGCUCACCACCCAGACGACCGUGGACGCCCAUACUCAAGACCCCUCUCGCCUCCACAAGCUCUGCAUCGUUCUGCCUACCCACCUCGAUCGCCUGAUCGUGCACAACAGAAAGGACCUGGUGCUUCCCCUACCCCUUCGAAUCGGCCACCUUAUCGUCCCCCUCCCCGUGGAAUCUCGAGAGAAAGGUCUGGGAGCUAUCGGCCGGACUAUCAUGAUAGACGAGAAUCGAUGGACGUUGACGCUCCACCUCCACCUCCUAGGUAUAAUACCGAAAGAAACUAUCGAGACUUUUCGCCGCCUUCAGCAGCCGACCUUGCUAGAGACAGACAGAGGCAACUGCAGCCUUUCCCUCCUCGGUCCAGGGAGUUUGAUGAUCCACCUGGGAGGUACUCUUCUGGCCCACCACCACCUUCUAGAGACUGGUACCCCUCUUCGGCUUCUCCUUACCCAAGGAGGAGGUGGACUCCUGCGGAGGAAGAUGCGUAUUGGAAGGUUAGGGCUGCUUCGCCUCGUUGGGAAGAUCAGCCGCCUCCUGUGGAUAGGGAGAGGGAGAGGCCAGGUCAAAGGUUUGAUCGUGAUGCACCAUUACCACCUUCCAGAGGCCAGAAUUGGGAUAGGGAUUUUCCUAGAGGUCCCCCUUCAGCAGACGACCGCUACCCCCCUCCUCCUCCUCCUCGAGAUCUAGACCGUGGCCGCUCAGGACCCCCACCACCCGUCAGCCAAAGCGCAUCAUACUCCCGAAUCAGACCACGCAGUCCAAGUCCUGUACGGCGCCCUGCAGACGAUGCACGACCACCACUCAAAAGACAACGUGAAGAGUACCCGCCACCUUCAUCCGCUCCAGGUCCCGGACCACCCAGUACAUCCGAGUAUUACCCACGAGGGGGAAGGCCAGGAGCCGACUACCCACCCUCCGCACGACUUUCCCCUCUCCCGUCUGGCCCACCGCCUUCGAGCGCCAGUAGCAGCUUCUAUGAUCGUUCUGCUGGGCCUCCGCCUACGACGGGCAGUAGCACUGUUACGGGGGGUGGAGAGAGGGAGUAUAGGAGGGAUAGGGCGGAUGAGUAUGCUGCUCCUCCUCCCUCUGCAGGUGCUGCCAUUUCGUAUGAACGGCCGAGGUCUCCGGCAGGUGGUGGUCCUGGAAGGGCGCCAAUGCAGAGCUAUGGUGGCAGAGGGGGGUAUAGUCGACCGAGUGAUCCUCGUGAUAGGGGGUAUAUGCCUCCUCCGCCUUCGAGGCCUUGAAGUGAUUUUGGAUUGGAUCGUUGUGGAAUUACUGACUAACCCCCCUGCUAACAAACUAAAAAGCGAUUUCUAGGAUAGAUAUUGCGGACAGGCUGGUGAUGAUCUAUCUGGCUAUCCAUCUAUCUCAUCUAUUCGUGCCACAUUUCUAUCGUCACGUUUCUCUCUUUCAUUCUAGUUUUUUUUCUUUUUCUUUUGUGUUGUCUGCGUAUCUCUCUCUCAUUUUCAUGUGCGUUGAUAUAUCUGUUAAAUAAAAUGGUCUGGAACUUUCG